CAAGGUGAUUGGUUGCUGAUGUCAUUGGGUGGAGUGCAGGGAUUUCACUCUGCUGUGCAAAAAAAGCUUCUUCCUGAAUUACAGAGACGGGAUCAAAGAUGCUGGUACUGGUGCUUGGAGAUCUUCACAUUCCCCAUCGAUGCAACACUCUGCCAGCCAAGUUCAAGAAGCUGCUGGUCCCAGGGAAGAUCCAGCACAUCCUCUGCACCGGUAACCUCUGCACCAAGGAGAGCUAUGACUAUCUCAAGACGCUGGCCGGGGACGUCCACAUUGUCAGAGGAGACUUUGACGAGAACUUGAACUACCCAGAGCAGAAGGUGGUGACGGUGGGCCAGUUUAAGAUGGGCCUGAUUCACGGGCACCAGGUCAUUCCCUGGGGAGACCUGGCCAGCCUGGCUCUAUUACAGAGGCAGCUGGAUGUGGACAUUCUCAUUUCCGGACACACCCACAAAUUUGAGGCCUUUGAAAACGAGAACAAAUUCUACAUCAACCCAGGAUCUGCAACAGGGGCUUACAAUGCGCUGGAAAGUAACAUCAUCCCAUCGUUUGUACUGAUGGAUAUCCAGGCGUCGACUGUUGUAACUUAUGUCUACCAGCUCAUUGGGGAUGAUGUCAAAGUGGAAAGAAUCGAGUACAAGAAGCUCUAAAGGUGGCACGGUGAUGGGUCCCUUUGUACUGUCUCAUUCCUUUCAUCUUGCAGCUCAACCACCGAAUUUCAACGCUACAACUGUAUUAUACAUGUUUUGCUAACAUUAAAAAAUUAUAUAUAUAUAAAUAUUCAGUCAUUUUUAUUUAGCAGCAGUGUGCUGCUGUUAGUUUGUUUUGAAGAAUAUACAAUAAUGCAACAUGGAUUUACAUCGCUGUUUUUAAAAAAAAAAAAAAAAAAAAAAAAGCAUGUCUAAGACUUACUUUUUUUUUUUUUUUUUUUUUUAAGCGUAGUCCUGUAAAUAUUCUCUUUUAAAUCCCAUUACUGAAAAGAUAUAUGGUAGUUUAGAAAUGCCGCAUGGAACAUUAGAGGACUUCAUUUGCCCAAUGUACCGAUGUUGUAAUAAAACCUCAUUCAUGUU